AAUUCACUGGAGUGUCGUGUUUCUUGAAAAUGAAAGUGAAAGUAAUCGAAUCGCCUAGCUGCUAUCUCAAGAAACAUGGGUUUGCUAAAGAUUUUAACUUUAUUCCUAUUGCUAUGUGCCGGUGUUAAGUCUGCUCAUUCCCUGUCAUGGCUGCCUUGUAUGUUCAGUGACUUUAUCAUGGUGGUCAAUAAUGAAGGUACGCGUGAUGUUCAGCUUCAGCAAAGACCCAGCAUUCUGCAGUUUGGACAGCAAGGAGAUAGUCCUGUUAACCCUCACGCCAUCACUUUCCUGGUCAUACCUUCCAAGGUGAACCUGCAUAGCUUUAUGCCGGACACAGAUGUGGAUGACCUGGAUUGUGCCAUUCAUAGACAUAACACAGAAGGCGUCCAUGUGAAGUGGCCAAGCCAAAAGUCCAACGAGUACAACUCUUGGUUUAGCAUCAGUCUGACACACACCCAAGGCCUGUUCACUGUCUCUGGAAUCCUCAGAUACCCGUGUGAGCCGCCGUCCUCUGGACAGGAAGAUGUCCGCAAUUGGCCUGCUAUUGAGGACCGACAGACUCUCAUUACUUCAGUUGCAGUGAUCUUGAAAACACUAACUCCAACGGUGACAUCAGGCCUUGGGUUCCAAAAAACACUACAUUGCCAGUUUGCUGUUGACCACAAGACACCAAACCUGACUGCUCUGUGGUAUCAGCAGAACCAUGGAGAACGGCGUACACUCUUCAGUCACGCCAGCCGAUCAGGUCAAACUGAGGGCAGAGGCGUUGAACUGAAGAAUAUAGCUGGAGGCGACCUGUCUUACACCCUGCCCUUUACUGAAGUCAAGCAUGCGGGGAUGUAUGUGUGCUCCGCGUCGGUGUUUCCACUGUCUAAUAGCCUUGAUAUAAGUCUACAAAUUAAAGAGUCCCCCCAGGUGUCCCUCAAUGUUGGUCCCAUGCUUACAUUGCAAGAGGGUGAGGAGAAGAAGUUGGUUUGUGAGGCAGCAAAGUAUUACCCUCUAGACGCGCACAUUGCCUGGUACGAGGAGGACCCAGCAUCUUCCGGUCAGAGGGUCGGCGCUCCUCUCCCCAAGGCGCUUGACAAUAUUUUGCUGUCCAGUCAUAAAAAUAAUAUGGACAGGACCUACUCGCUGUCAGGUUUCUUCUACCUCAAGGCGUCGCUCAGACAAUCAGGACGUCAGUUUACUUGCACAGUCUCCCACACAUCCCUGCGAAUGCCAAUCAAAAAAAGUUUCAUUUUGAUAGUUGAAGAACCAACCAGCUGGAUCUUCACACUCACUGUAUGCAGUGUGAUUGUCAUGCUGCUGUCUGCCCUGUUUUUUAUGCUGAGAUACCUUCAUCGAGCUAGCAAACAUUCGUUGCAGAAAAAGCCGUACUAAUGGCACCUCUUGGACAGAAAAGUAUACCCGGAAGCAGGUGGACCUUCUCCUUCUUAGUCUUAGAGUAAUUUGAAAAAGAAAAUGCAAUGUGGGUGAUUGCUACUGAAAAAAAAAAAUCUUUCAUUUUGUAAAUUUCAGUUCUUGUUGAAAUAUCUCCCCAGCAAUACUGAUGGUUCAGACAUUUUAUUACACUGUAAUUUUGUCUUCCUUCUUUCUAACUAGUUUAUGUUGGUGUGUCGUAAUAUCAAUGCAGCGUAACAAAUUCUGUAGCAGAACAUCCAAAAAAAUGCUUUCAACUUGUCUGAAUAAACUCCCCAAAUGUCUGCCAUGUGGUUCUUUACGAUCG